CGAUCGUGACGGCCAGCGUUGCGGAAUUCCCGACGAUGACGUCGCGUCGUGGAUCGCCGAGCUCGUGAAAACGGACGUCCGGCGCCCUCACGUUUCCCCCGGAAACGACGACGACGACGGAAGAGGGAAGAGAGGAAGCUCGCCCGCACACGUCGAUCGUCCCCAUGCAGAUCGACAGCGGGAUGUUGACGCGGACGAAUCCGGACACCAGCCUCUGCCGCGUCUGCCUGACCGUGGACCACAACAACCAGUGCAUCUUCCGCAGGAACUGGGACGACCCGGGGGACCCCUCCGAGCUGUCCGAGAAGCUGCAGCUAUGCUGCGGCGUGGAGGUCCUGGAGAACGACGGCCUGCCCGCUAACAUCUGCCUCGAGUGCGUGAUGAAGGUCAACGUCGCGUACGAAUUGAGGAAACAGUGUCAGAAAGCGGAUGUGGAACUCAGGAAGCUGUACGGGAAAGCGUCGGGGACGAGCGUCGCCAGCAACUGCAUUUUCAAAAAGGACCAGUGUUGUCAAACUGAGCAAUCUUUUAUCUCGGAUGCAAUCAAUUCAGCGGACAAUACAGAGUUAAAUGCGGACGAUGAGGUUAACGUAGAGAAGAAUACCAUGCAGGCAAAUGUCAUAAGACGAGAACAAAUACGAGAUGCUUUCGAACAAACCAAGCAGGAUACUUUAAUGGACAAUGAGACAGAUUUAGACUGCGGUAGUAGAUACAAACAAGUGGAACCUGACAAGGUAGCUAAGAAGGAUCUUUAUAGAACGAGGAGAUUGACUAUGUUCAAACGGGUCACGUCUAUAGAAAAUUUGAGGAAUUACAAAGAGAGGCAGAGACGGUAUAUCAAGAAGAGCGUGAGCGUGAAACGCGAGAGCAGCGACGGCGAGUAUCAGACGAAGGCGAGAGGUGUCCGCGGCAGGAUGGACCGAGGAGCGUCCGAGCUCGAAUUACAAUACAAGUGUCCGAAGUGUGAUAGAUUUUAUUCCAGUAAAAAGUCUUUGGAUCGACACACCUCGACCCACAACGACAAAGAGUUCAAAUGCGACAGCUGUGAUAAGCAAUUCUUCUGUCUGGACAAAUUACACAAGCACGUUAAUCUGCACCGGGCGAAGGAGAAGUCGAAGCCGGUGCUGUGCAAGAUCUGCAACAAGAGUUUCAGGAAGAUCGACACCAUGGUCAGGCAUCUGAAUACUCACAAGAAGGCGUACCCCAAGGACGUUUUCACCAUACUGAAGGAGAUACGGGACAAGAGGAGAUUGGAGAAUAAUCCGGAGUCCCUCGACACGUCGCUCACGAUGGACGAGGACGAGGAGUUGGGAGCGCACGACGGACAGUCGCGAGGUGAGAACGACGGCACGACGAGGGAGCUGAGGAAACGCAACAACACGAGAGUGGAGCAGAGGGACUCGGAUUUGGCGAAUAGUGACUCCAGCGACGACAAAACCGAGUCGUUCGACGACGCGUCGACCUUCAACUGCAAGCACUGCAGCAAGAGUUACCGCACCGAGAGAUCGCUGCAACGUCAUCUGCUGGUACACGAGGAGAAGAAGUACGUCUGCAACGUGUGCAACAUGAAGUUCUUCCGGCAGGACCGGCUGAAGAGCCAUAUGGAUCGGUACGGUCACGACGAGAGCAAGGUGUGCCCGGAGCCGCAGAAGCCGCCGGACGACAAGUCGGCCAUCAAGCUGAUAAACACCUGGAUAAGGGAGGAGCUGGAUUCCGACAACGAGGGCAAGGGCUUCCCGUGUCGGAUCUGCGGGAAGUCGUACGACACGAAGAAGUCCCUGCUGAAGCAUCAGAUGAACGCGCACGGCGGGCGGGACGAGGGCUGCGCGAGCUGCGGCGGCGUGCGCUGCAAUUGCGCGUACAAGGAUCCGGAGAAGAGCGGCGGCGAGAAGUCGAAGCCGUACACCUGCGAGGAGUGCAACAAGUCGUUCGAGAAGGAGAUCAAGCUGCACAAGCACCUGCGGAUUCACGAGCGCGCCAAGGAGCAGCAGGACGCGAACUUCAAGCGCUUCCUCUGUCACAUAUGCAGCAAGACGUUCCGGCAGAACACCGGCCUCAUGUUCCACAUGCGGACGCACACCGGCUACAAGCCGCACGUGUGCAAGUACUGCGGCCGCGGCUUCACGUCCAACUCGAACUGCAUCAAUCACGAGCGGACGCACACGGGCGACCGGCCGUUCGUCUGCCAGUACUGCAGCGCCGCGUUCGCCAAGUCGUGCACCCUGAAGGCACACAUCACCACGCACACCGGCGAGGCGAAUUACCACUGCAAGACCUGCGGCAAGUCGUUCCGCCGGCUCAAGUACUUGAAGGAGCACAGAUUCACGCACACGGGCGAGAAGCCGUACGCGUGCAAGAUCUGCGGCACCGCGUACAGCCAUUCCGGCAGUCUGUUCGUCCACGAGAAGAAGUGCAAGGCGCAGUACAGUAAUUAUCAGCCGGGGAUCGCGCAAAAUGCGCAGCAGCAGCAGCAGCAGCAACAACAUCAACAACAGCAACAACAACAACAACAACAACAACAACAACAACAACAGGUUUCCUACGGUCAGUCCCCUCAGUCCACCGGCGGCAUUUCCGUGGCGUCCACCUCUUCGAUUGUCGCUCCUAUCAUCACCACGCUGCCGCAGGCAGCUCACUUGAACGUCAUUAACAGCACUCUGAAUGUACAGACGAACAAAGGUUACAUGGAUAACGUUCAGCGAAUGAACGCGCAUGCAGCGACCAACGCGACCACGGUCGUCUCGUCGGGUCUGCACCCGAAUGUCGACAUCUCCGAAAUGAGCUCCGCCGUCAGGAACUUCUCUAUCAUCGGACAGAUGUUUCACACUUAGGAAAGCAUACGGGCGGAAAAUGCGAAUCAAGAUUACUGUGAUAAAUGUCCCUUCCCCUCCCCCCUUUUUUUAACAAUACUUGUCAAGAAAUAUUUUACAUUUUGAGUAUAGUAACGUAUACUGCUUUCUCUUUCAAUAAUCAUUAAGAUAAGUAUAUGUUUUGUAUUGUACGUCACAUAUGGGAAGAUGGGUAAUAUAGAAUGUAUAUUUAUAUCGUAUACGAUUACUAGAAAUUUUUAUUAUACAGAAUUUUUAUACGGCAGAACUCUUAUUAUCCUGUAUAGCUGUUAUACGAAAAUAUUUGAUAGUGUGUAAUGUUAUAUUCUAAUUAUCGAAUUGUUAUAUUUCUGUAUAUAUGAAUGAUUAUGCAGGUGAUUCGUUCUAUUAUGAUUUUGUUCUGCGUCGAAAUUAAUUUUUAUAAACAUUUCGGAACAGUCAUAUUGAGCAAAUCUCAAGAUCUAAUUCGUGUAUACAAUAUGAUUACAUAAAUAAAUAAAUUUUGCACCCA